UUAUAGGAUCCUCCCCCCUCUACGAGUCGUCGGUAUAGCGUUCGCGCGCCCCAGUCAGUGUAGAGAGAGUGUCGUCAUCGCACGCAUUAUCCUUCUGUCCGAGACAGAGUAGUCAGUGUACGUAUAGCCGAGCCCGUGUGCUGUGCGACAACGAGACAGUCUCUCAACACAGAGGGCCGACCGCGACAACGUCGACGACGACCCCAAUCAGGAUCGUCGCGCGCGAGAAAGAGACGGAGAGAUUUCAAAGAGAGAGAGAAGGAAGCUGCUCGCUGCUACUGCUGCUGCCACCACCGCCUCCUCCUCCAGUAUUUUCCUCGCUGCUGCUGCUGCUGCUGCUGCUGCUGCUGCCACGACAUCGAUAAUAAAGGCGCCACGCAUAUAACCAGCCGAGCUGCGAAGACAGUCUCUCUCUUUCGCCCGUCCGCACAAUCGUAGCAUGUCCACGAUGAAUCCCGAAUAUGACUACCUGUUCAAACUUCUGCUCAUUGGAGACUCCGGCGUUGGAAAGUCUUGCUUGCUGCUCCGAUUCGCAGAUGAUACCUACACGGAGAGCUACAUCAGUACUAUUGGAGUGGACUUCAAAAUCAGAACCAUCGAUCUCGAUGGAAAGACGAUAAAACUGCAAAUCUGGGACACUGCUGGUCAGGAGAGAUUUAGGACCAUUACCAGUUCGUACUAUCGCGGAGCACACGGCAUCAUUGUUGUCUACGACUGCACAGAUCAGGAAUCUUUCAACAAUGUCAAACAGUGGCUUGAGGAAAUCGACCGCUAUGCCUGUGAUAAUGUUAACAAACUGCUUGUUGGCAACAAGUCUGAUCUUCAUACUAAGAAAGUUGUUGAUUACACAACGGCUAAGGAAUACGCCGAUCAGCUUGGCAUUCCGUUCCUCGAAACAUCGGCUAAAAAUGCGAUGAACGUCGAGCAAGCUUUUAUGACCAUGGCCGCCGAAAUCAAAAGCCGAGUGGGACCCCCGUCGAGCGGGGCAAGCGAUCAGACUAGCAAGCUCAAAAUCGAUCAGGGCCACAACAUCGACACUUCGGGCAUUCAGGGCUCCAAAUCCGGAUGUUGCUGAAACAUUUAAAGCUGCGUUGUUCCCCUCGGACACGAGUGAGCUUUUUACACUUUUCAUUCGUUCCGAUAAACAAAAACUACAACAUCAUUACAACAACAACAACUGUUACGAGCAUGAGAGAGGGACCGUUUGAUCUAUAGGACAUUUAAUUUCAAGGAAGGAUUUUAAAAGACUUGUGCAUGAGUUGCGGGCUAUUCCAAUCUUCUUUUGUUAUGCUUCUUUUUCGUAUUAUAUUGAUAUUUUUCUUUCGUUUACUUUUGAGAAGGCAAUUAGAACAUGUGUCAACUCAAACUUGUAAAUUUUUUUGUGUAACUGAUAAAUUAUUCGUUUACUACUGAGAUACAGGCGGCGUUUUACUAUUCAUCGCGUUCCUUUGUUACUCCAGCCAUAAUCUGUUUAUUUCAUACAUAUAAAUCCUCAGUCUCAAAGAUGAAAUUUUCAAUCGUCUCCACAGGGUUGAUUGCUAUCAUCACUGUCAAUUUUCUCCCUUUUGAAAUUAAUUUAACGCAGACUUUGAAGUAACGAUUCUCAGCUGUUGCGGAUGUGCUCGUUGAUUAUUAUACAGGAGAUAAGAGUGAAAGAGAAGAUGAAAAGAUGGAGCGUGUGCGUGUUAAAUAUAAAGUUUUACGAGUGUCUGGGGACUAAACAGUUUGAAAAGUAAAGGAAAAUAUCGAGUUCUUAAAACCUUAUGUAAACAAGUAUUACGUCAUUGAAUUGAUGGACCAUCCGAUUUGUUUACCGACAAGUGCGUAGAGAAAUUUAACUUCAUUCACUGAAAUUUUGUUUAACUAAAUGAAAAAUAAUGAAACGUUAUAAAGGAACCGAGUCGAUCGGAGCGUAUGAAAUUCGUAACUUGAAUUUAUAGAGAAGUAAGAGAAAACAAAGUAAAAGGUAGCUGUCGAUCGAACACGCAAGGGUGCGGAUAAGUUUAGGGGCAAUUCUAGUGUUAACAAAUAAAUGAUAAGAUUGUAUAAUCAUAAUAGAGAAUGAAAAUAAAAAAGAAAGAAAAAAGGAAACUUUCGUUUUGUAGCUUAAAUGUUAACAACGUGUAAAGAUGGACGACGAUCUGGCCAGAUGCGACUCGCGAGAUUCACAUAUCUCUCCAAGUAAACCAUGUUACUCGUGCGUUUGUUUGUAUAUUCUUUUUUUUCUCUCGGCAAAAGGAAAUAAUAAGUUCUUGCGGUCGACGCAUAUAAGCGCUCAAUGACGCCAAGCUGUAGAAAGUUCAUCGGUGGCUUCGUUAACGAUAAUUGUAAUGUCGAUCUCCCGAAACAGGAGCAGACAAAGUUCAGGCUCGCUCGCUAAUAGCUCUCGCUCGAUCGUUCUCUUACAUUGUACUGUAAUAAUGUAAACGUCAGUGGCAAAUCACUCGAUCGGGCUUAUCGUUUUUUCUUAAAAGUGCACGCGCAAGUUUACCCGCAAAUUUAUAUAUUUACAGCCUAAAUCAAUCGUUCUUUCUUUUCUUACGCAAAUAAAAAUUAUGCAUACUUAUAUAGAAAUUUAGCAAUUAUUAUGUACGUUUUGAAAACCAUUUUUCAAUUUGAAGUAUAUUAAAACUUGAAAAAAAAAAACAUCACUCGCUUGUUAUCUAUGUAAUUACUAGCUCUCCAUAUAUAUAUAUUAUAUAACAUAGUUCGAUUAAGAAACAGAUUAUAGGAGGUACGUAUAAAUGAUUUUUCAUGUCUUUUUUUUUCAAAUCGAAAAUAUGGAAUUCGGCAGUUUAGUACAUAAAUUGCAGCUUUACGCGACUAUGUAACAAAGAAGAAACGUUAUAGUGAAUAAAAUUGGAAAACAUGUUUUCAGAUGUUUCCUACA